UCUCAUUGAAGCAAGUCCUGACAACAUCCGAGGGUCGAGCGUCUCCAGCGUAGUCAUGGCUGACUGGAAUGCCUACUACCGAAAUGAGGAUGACGAUAAUGAAGAGAAGGAAGAGGAACAACAGGAUGGAGAGUACAAGAUCUCUGGGAGAGACAGCACUGUCUUCUUGGUUGAUGCUUCCAAAGAGAUGUUCAUCAAAGGUGAAGACGGAGAGCCAUCCAACUUUGACAUGACUAUGCAGGUUGUUCGCACUGUUUACACCACCAAGAUUAUCAAUAACCACAAGGACCUGAUGGCUCUGGUCUUUUACGGCACUGAGCAGAGCAAAAACCCAAGAAACUCAUUCAAGCACGUCUAUGUCUACCAUGACCUCGAUGAACCAGGUGCAAAGCGGGUGUUGGAGCUUGAUUCCUUACGAGGAGAAAAGGGUGCUCUGCUCGCUGCCCAGACUAUGGGCAGUGGCGAGACAUCACUUGGCGACGCGCUGUGGUGUUGUGCAAAUCUCUACAGCGACAUCAAGCUUCGUCUCGCACAAAAGCGGCUCUUGAUUUUCACCUGUAGAGACCAGCCACAUGGAGAUGACACUGCCAAGGACAGACAAGCUCGUACCAAAGCUGGGGACCUUAAAGAAACGGGUGUUGUCAUUGAUUUACUGCACCUUACAAAAGCCGGUGGCUUCGACGUCUCACUCUUCUUCCGUGACAUCAUCAGCCAAGCGGAGAACGACGAUGAGUUGGGGCUGCAGCUGCAGCCCUGUGACAAACUGGAGGAGCUUCAGAAGAGAGUCUGGGCUAAAGAGAGGAAGAAGAGAGCCAUCACUCGCUUUAACCUUUGCCUGGGUGAGGGACUGAACGUGGCAGUAGGGUUGUAUUCAACUAUGGUGACUGCUCGCAAAACCGCCAUCCGACUGUACAGGGAAACCAACCAGCCUGUCAGAAGCAAAACUCGCACAUUUCACACUCAGACUGGCUCUCUGCUGCUGCCCAGUGACAUCAAGAAAGCCCAGGUUUUUGGUAAGAGGCAGAUUGUGAUGGAAUGCGAUGAGGUCACCGCCAUCAAGAAGUUUGAAGAUCCUGGGCUCUUCCUGAUUGGGUUCAAACCGAUGGAGCGGCUCAAAGUACACCACCAAAUUAAGCCAGCCAGCUUCAUCUAUCCAGAAGAGGACGAGGUGAAAGGCAGCUCCUGUCUAUUCUCUGCGCUGAUGAAAAAGUGUAAGGAAAAGAACGUGUUUGCCUUGUGUCGCUGCACCAGGCGCAGGAACUACAGCCCUCGGUUUGUUGCUCUGGUGCCACAGGAAGAGGAAGUGGCUGAAGGGAAGACACAGAUCACUCCGCCAGGCUUUAAUGUCAUCUACUUGCCGUAUGCCGACGAUAUCCGGAGCUUGGACCCGCCGCGACGUCCGUGUGCCACACAGAUGCAGGUGGACAAGAUGAAAGCCAUCGUCACAAAACUUAACUUCAAAUACAGGUGUGAUGCAUUCGAGAACCCCGUCCUUCAGCAGCACUACAGGAACUUGGAGGCCUUGGCCCUGGAUAUGAUGGCCCCUGAGGACAUGGAGGAUCUUAUUAUGCCAAAGGUGGACCAGAUUGACCGCCGGCUGGGCAUACUGGCUGAUGAAUUCAGAGAAAUGGUGUAUCCUGAUGGCUACAACCCUGAAAGCAAACCGCCUGCCAAACGCAAACCAGCUGCCACCGCAGGCUCUGCAGAGAAGAAACCCAAAGUGGAGGUUCCAGAAGACGAGCUAAGGGCGCACGUGAAAAACGGUACACUGUCAAAGCUCACGGUGCCGGUGCUGAAGGACGCCUGCAAGCAGUUUGGAGUUCGCACCACUGGGACCAAGAAACAGGAGCUGAUUGAGGCCCUGAUUUCUCGCCUGGCUUCUUGAGUAAUUUCACUGUGCUUUCAGACUUGCCGGUGAAUGAAUGUGUCAUGUGACCUUUCUCAAAGAGCUAAAACCUUGUGACUGACUUUGUUGCCUCAAUGUUUCACACCAUUUUUAUUAAGUGAAAUUAAGUUUUCAAAUCUGCUGCAUUGCUCUUAAAUCUGUUGCGUUGUCUUAAAAAAGUAAUCAUUUUACUGCUGCGUCAAUAAAAUAAA